UUUUCUUUCCAUUCUUUCUCAUUAUUACAUAUAAAAAUAAACUGCUUUCUUUUCCAACGUGAGCCAACAUUAUUAUGGCAACAACUUCCCGUUCACCCCCUCCGUCAAUAGUCUCGCCGUCCUGCCGGAACCCCAGAAAUCGCCGACCAUCAACGCACGUCGUCAUCACAGCCCAGAGCUAUAGAGAUCAAGGGAGGGGAAAGCGUAAAAUGGUUGAUGAGAAUUUGCAGAUUUUAAGGGGGAGAAUUGAAGAUGUGAAGAAUAGGGAGAAACUGGAGAGGUGUUUAUUAAGAAGUGAAGGUGCCCAGCUGCUAGGGUGGAAUUAUGCAGCAUGUGAUGAUGAUGAUUACAAGAAGCACAAAAAGGAGUUGGAACAAUCUCAGUUACUGCAACUAAUUCUUAUUAAUGUUGUUGGGACUCUUGGCUUCACUCUUCUCACCUGCACUCUUUGCCUUUGCCUCACUUCCAUUUUGAUUCAUUUCACUAUGUAAAUUAUUAUUCAUUCAUUUAUGCAAUCUCGAUCUGUUUAUGCCAUGAUUCA